AGUCUCUUCUCAAUCCCAGCAGUGGAGAAGGUUCUUCUUUACCCAGUGCUACCGUGAUCAGAGCACAUUCUCAUCAUCCUCGGAGAGCAGCAGGACCGGUAUGGCAGCAGCUGACGCAGCACAUGUCACACUGGUGCUUCUGGGCAGGACAGGCUCAGGGAAGAGCUGCUGUGGAAACACCAUACUGGGCAAAAAUGUGUUCCAAUCCUUGCUCAGCACCAAACCAGUGACCACAAAGUGUGAAAAACAGACAGAGUCCAUUCAGGGGAGACAGGUCACUGUCAUCGACACACCAGACUUCUUUGGUGACUCUCUCCCUGAUCCGAAGCCCCACAUUGACACCUGUAGGUCCUUGGUAGCAGAAGGUCCCUGUGUUUAUCUUCUAGUGUUACAGUUGGGUCGCUUCACAGAGGGAGAGAAGAAGUUAGUGGAGCAGACUGAACGCAUGUUUGGCCGAGACGUCACACGGCGCAUGAUAAUUCUGUUCAGUUAUGGUGAUGAUCUGGAGGGCAUCACCAUUCAGGACUUCCUAAAGAAUGCUCAGACAGAACUCAAAGCCCUAGUGGAGAAAUGUGGGAAGAGGUGCCAUGUCUUCAACAACAGGGACACCAGCAAUCGCAGACAGGUGACAGUGCUUCUGAAAAACGUGGAUUUUAUGCUGGACAGAGUUAAAGGGGCAAUGAAAAAGAAAAAUAAAGAGUCAGAUUGUAUUGUUUUGUAGACCACUUUGUCAUUCAGGCAACCUUUGUAGACCACUUUGUCAUUCAGGCAAUCUUUGUAGACCACUUUGUCAUUCAGGCAAUCUUUGUAGACCACUUUGUCAUUCAGGCAACCUUUGUAGACCACUUUGUCAUUCAGGCAAUCUUUGUAGACCACUUUGUCAUUCAGGCAAUCUUUGUAGACCACUUUGUCACCUUUGUAGACCACUUUGUCAUUCAGGCAAUCUUUGGAAUUCUUAAUAUUGAGUUUCUAGUUCAUAUAGUUCAGGUGUGUUUAUAGUUCAUAUAAAAACAAGUGUAAUACUAAUAAUGUAGAAAUUAAUCAUCUGUAUUUCAGGAUUAAAAGCUAACAUCAUA